AUGGUUUGCAAACUAAACAAGUCCCUAUAUGGAUUGAAGCAAGUUAGGAGGCAGUGGUAUGCCAAACUAACUGAAGCUGUAUCAUCAAUGGGAUACAUGCAUUCUGAGAAUGACUAUUCACUAUUCUCCAAAAGGACCUCAUCCUCCACCAUUUUUGUAGUAGUAAUCAAAGACUUAGGGAGACUUCACUACUUCUUGGGCUUAGAAGUCUUUUACAAAUCAAAUAGAGUUCUCAUCUCUCAAAGAAAGUUUGCUUUAGACCCGCUCAAUGAAUAUGACUGCUUUGCAUACAACAGUUUAUCUUCUCCCCUUGAUCCUAUCCUGAAACUAAAAGCCAAUGAAGGAACUCUAUUGCCAGAUCCCACAUACUACAGAAAACUAGUAGGAAAGCUGAACUUCCUAACUAACACAAGACUUGACAUAGCAUACAGUGUGCAGCUUCUCAGUCAGUUUAUGCAAGCACCUAGAGAUACACACUUGACUGCAGCCUUCCACCUCUUCAUAUAUCUCAUGAAGGAUCCCACACUAGGGAUAUUUUUCUCAAAUAAUGUUGAUUGCUCAAUAUCUGCAUACUGUGAUUCUGAUUGGGCAGCAUGCCCUGAUUCCAAAAGAUCUGUUACUGGCUACAUUGUGCUAGUAGGAGACAACCUUAUUAGCUGGAAGUCCAAGAAACAAGAGACCAUCUCCUUGUCAUCAGUUGAAGCUGAAUAUAGGUCCCUUAGAAAGGUUGUUGGAGAACUAAUAUCCUCACUAAGGCUCUCACAGGGGUUAACACAUGCUGCUGUACUUGGCAAGUUGGCUGUGAGAUCCUCCUAUCCAACUUCAGAGGGGAAGUCUCUAGAACCUCCAUUGGAUGUCUUGCAUGAGCUUGAUUUUCUUAGUCCCGAGCUAAUCUCGAUAAAAUCUCUAUUAGGUUCAGGCAAAUGCCAAGUCUUUGAGAAAAUUAUGCG